AUGGCUUUACUGCCAUUGCUUGUUGUGCUUGUGCAAAGCCUGAUCCAGUACCCCCAGCCGGCUGGGGAUGGGCUGGAUGAGGCCACGCACCAGCGAAUCAAGGAGCGUCAGGAGCUGCUGGACCACGAGAUGGCUCGGCUGCUGCAGGAGCUGGAGGAGCAGGACAAGGGCUGGGGCGCCGUGCUCUUUGGUGCCCUGCAGCAGCAGUGGCCAUUUUGGGUCCUUGCUGGAGUCCUGCUCCUCUUGGGCCUGUGGUUUAGCUGCAGGAGAAGGAGCGGUGAGGCCAGCAACAAUGAUGUACGUGAAGGUGAAGACAGCGUAGAUGGACAGGAAGAAUGUACGGAGGUGAAGGUGCAGGAAAGCAGCGAUGCCAGUGAACAGAGAAGCAGAGGAAAAGAAGACCAUGAUGGUGGCAAGGGAGAAAGUGGCAGUGGUGGAAUGGAAGACCGAGAAAAGACCGGAUAUGCGGGGAAUGAGCAAGGCAUCCGUUUAGUGGACCGCAUAGAGUGGCCUGUGGAGGACCUGGAGAGAGGCUGCUCAGUGACAGCAGAGCUGAUGGAGAGCUUGACGCGUGUCUUUGUGGACAGCGUGAGCAAUAGCUCCUACCCAGUGCCUCAAGAAGCCAUCGGGGUGGGCAGUGCCUUUGAGGGUUGGAGUCCCCGUGACUGGGAUGGGGUGUACCGUGUGCUGGUCCCACUGAAUCCCCCACCCGGGCACGCCUUCCACCUGGAGCUGAACAGCGCAGGGCAGGUGGCAGCAAGGACCUUCAACGUCUGUGUGGAGCUGGUGUGCACGUGCGAGAAGGAGCAGCUGGCAGAGAAGCCGUUGUGCUUCCUGCACCACUCGCGGAAGGAGCUGCGGCGGAAGCAGAAGCGCAGCCUCCUAGGGACACUCUGCACCGGCUCCUACCUGGACGUGGCAAAAACCUCCCACUGGUUCUGCCAGUUGGUGAGAAGCUCGUGGCUGCAAGUGCCUCAGUGGCACUCAUGGCACUUGGUGUUUCAGCCCUGCAGCCGGUCUUGCCAGUUGCAGCUGAGCAAAGGCAGGGAGAGCCUGACGGUGGAGAUGCUCUUUGGGGUGCGCCGAGGGGACUCUGACAUCUUUGUGGUCAGCCAGCCCACCAAGGCCACCAUGAUGGCAAGCACAGCGUGGGCCGAGACGUACGCUGUGGCAGAGGCAAAAUUCUUCCAGCACAUCGCCAGGCAGCUGCCGUGUGAGAGCUUGCACCUGAAAUGCCUGCAGCUCUUCACCUGCAUCCUGAGGGACACAGGUUUUUCCAGCUCUACCUGGAAGACUGUGGUCAUGCACGUGCUGACCACAGUACCGCUGUCCCGGUGGCACAGGAGAGCAUUUGCACGGCGGCUGUGGGACAUCAUGGCGUACCUGGACCGGUGCCUGCAGCUGACACACCUGAGGCACUUUGUGCUGGGCAAUGAGAGGCUUCCUGCAGAGAUCAGCUUGCCACCAGCCAUGCGAGGGGCUGUGCCACCCAACCUCUUUGAGCACCUGGCCCGAGAUCCGGCCGCCCACAGAGAGGCAAAGCAAGCUUAUGGUCGGCUGCGAUUUCGCCUCGGGGUGCUGCUCUCCAGCCACUGAGAAGAGUUCCCUGCACAGAGCAGUGAUGGGGUGUCACAUCCAAUGGCAGCCACCUGAACUCUGCUUAGCUGGUACA